UUUCUCCCCCCCCUCCAUUGUGACGUCAUAAAGGCCAGCAAUCGGUUUGAACGUUCCAUCCUGACAGCCUGGGUUCCUUCCCGAGGAGAAGCGGCGCUUUCUUAUAGGAUCCGUCUGCGGAAACCGAGUCCAAGCAACCGAGGUUUGGCUGAAGUUUCCAACCAUGGCUUCUUGUCCUGCCCUCCGGUGCUUUGGAGAAUAAUUUGACCCCCUCUUCUUUGUGGCAGCCUCUCAAACACUGGAAUGCUGCUAUCACGUCACCCCUAAAUGCUGCUACUCCGUCAUCCCGUUGUCGAAAAUGGCACAGGGCCUCCUGCUUGAGUAGGGGGUUGGACUAGAAGACCUUCGAAGUCCCUUCCAAUUCUGUUAUUUGAUUCGUCUUACUCCACUGCUUUCCUCGGCUUGCCUGAUCUCUUGUGUGUUAAGUCUCCGGUUGUACAGCAAAGGAUGGGGUGGAUCCUACCAUUCGUCUUCCUGAUCGUCUCUGGAAAACUGGGAAUAAAUGCGGGAUUGCUGAAUUUAAGGAAGACGAGAGAGGCCUACAACGAACCCUGAGUCCUUCGGGAGAAGGGCGGUUCAUCCUGGCUCAUUGAUCUAGCCCAGUAUUUCUGAACCUCGGCGAUGUGAAGAUGUGUGUGGAUUUCAAUUUCGAGAAUUCCCCAGUCACCACGGUCUGGUAGAAGUGGCCUACAAGAUCAUAAACCCAGACAAGAACCAAGAAACUCAAAUUAUUACAAGAUAGAUGUGAAGUACUCCACAUUCAAACAGGACAGUUGAAAUCAUGAUAAUACAUUAUCACAAGGAUGGGGGAGAGUGAAACUCAACACUCAGAUUCAGAUCCUCGUAAUUUAGCCAGCCACAGUAAAAAGGAAAGUCUUGAAAAUGUGGAAGAUGGUGAAAGCAGUAAAACUGGUGAUACAAAGAAAAAUAACACAGUGGGCAAGGAAGAUAAGGAAGAAAAGAAAAAUGAAAGUAAACCUGAGAAGAAAAAUAAUGAGGAGGGGAAGAAUGAAAUAUUUGUCAUUGAUCCCUCUGGAAAUCUUUAUUACAACUGGUUGUUCUGCAUCACAUUGCCUGUCAUGUACAAUUGGACAAUGAUCAUCGCUAGGGCCUGUUUUGAUGAACUUAAUCAUAACAGCGUAGAAAUGUGGUUGAUUUUGGACUAUUCUGCAGAUUUUAUUUAUGUUGCUGACAUGUUUGUGCGGACGAGGACAGGUUACUUGGAGCAAGGCUUGUUGGUGAAGGAAAAAUCGAAGCUCAAGAAAAGAUACAAGCAAACAUCACAAUUCAAAUUCGAUCUGCUGUCCAUCAUGCCAACUGAUCUACUUUACUUCAAAUUUGGACUGAAUUACCCAGAAAUAAGAAUAAACAGAUUACUUAGAAUAUCACGCAUGUUUGAAUUCUUCCAGCAAACAGAAACGAGGACAAGUUAUCCAAAUAUCUUCAGAAUCUCUAAUCUUGUCAUGUACAUUAUAAUUAUCAUCCACUGGAAUGCUUGUAUGUAUUUCUCCCUCUCAAAAGCGAUCGGCUUUGGAACAGACACAUGGGUCUAUCCCAAUGUUACUCAUCCUGAAUUUGGCAGGCUCGCUAGAAAAUAUGUGUAUAGUCUUUACUGGUCAACACUGACUUUGACGACUAUUGGUGAAACACCUCCUCCUGUUCAAGAUAUUGAGUAUUGGUUUGUUGUUGUUGAUUUCUUGGUCGGUGUAUUAAUUUUUGCUACUAUUGUUGGUAAUAUUGGUUCUAUGAUCUCUAAUAUGAAUGCUGCCCGGGAGGAAUUUCAAGCAAAGAUCGAUGCUAUCAAGCAAUAUAUGCAAUUUCGUAAUGUAAGCAAAGAUUUAGAAAAACGGGUUAUCAAAUGGUUUGAUUAUUUGUGGACAAAUAAAAAGGCCGUAGACGAAAGAGAAGUCUUGAAAUUUCUUCCGGAUAAAUUACGAGCAGAAAUUGCUAUUAAUGUUCAUUUGGAGACAUUAAAAAAAGUCCAGAUUUUCUCAGACUGUGAAGCUGGUCUGUUAGUUGAGCUGGUUCUGAAACUACAACCUCAGGUAUAUAGUCCUGGUGAUUAUAUCUGCCGGAAAGGUGAUAUUGGGCGAGAAAUGUAUAUUAUCAAAGAAGGAAAACUCGCAGUGGUAGCUGAUGAUGGAAUAACUCAAUUUGUGGUUCUUAGUGAUGGCAGCUAUUUUGGAGAGAUUAGCAUCCUUAAUAUUAAAGGUAGCAAAGCUGGAAAUAGGAGGACAGCUAAUAUUAGAAGUCUUGGCUAUUCAGAUUUGUUUUGUCUGCAUAAAGAUGACCUGAUGGAAGCUUUAAUAGAAUAUCCAGAGGCAAAGACUUUGUUGGAAGAGAAGGGGAAGCAAAUCCUUAUGAAAGAUGGACUACUGGAUUUAGAGCAAGGAAACAUGAAAAGAGAGACGGAAAACCUCGAGCAAAAGGUCAGCCAAAUAGAAGGAAUGCUAGAUAAUUUACAAACAAGAUUUGCUAAACUUUUAGCUGAAUAUAGUGCUGCGCAGCAGAAAUUGAAAAUAAGGUUAAGGCAAGUCGAGACCAUUGUAAAACCAUCCCUAGAGUAUGAUUUUUCAGACUUAGAAGAACUGCAGAGAACUUCUGGUCAUUAAGGAUUAAAAAAAAACAUUUCAGAUAUAUCAUACUUGAGGAUAAAUUAAUAAACGAUGGGCAGAAGUAUGUUAGAUAUUCCAUUAGAUAUGGGAAACUAUUCAUAACAACCAGGUUUUUCUCUGGGCAGUAUUUUUUUAAAUAAACCAUGUUCAACAGACAUGUUUAAGAACUUGAAUUUAGUCCCUCCGAAAAAAUACAGCAAUGCCAUCAUCAUGUACUGUGGUUCUACAAAUGAGAAUUUCAUGGUUCAGUUUGGAAACGUGGAAUCUCAAGGAAUUAAUGAAGGCUUAGUAGGUUUCGUUCUAAAUUUCGUCUGUAUAAUCCAUCUAGAAAGAAACAAUUUUUCCAGCUACUCAGUAGCUAUUGUGGGUUUACAAUUGAUGGACAUUGUUAAACUAUUUGAUCGUAUUAGAUUCAGGACAACUUUGUUAUCAUAACUAUCUGGAAAACUCGAAGUAGUUUGUAUAAUGUGGAAAUAUUUUUACAAGAAAAUCCUGCACUGCUAGUAAUAUAAUAAUGAUGUUUUUGCAGAAUUGUGCCAGUUGUACUGACUGUAAGCUAUUCGUCAUGAGUUAAAAUAUUUGUUGGAUAAACAGACAGAAUUUUUACC